UGGUGCUGGGUGGUUGCCGGGAGGUGUCUCAGCAGAAAAGCUGGGUUGAGGAGGAGCUCCCAGAUCCCGCGGUGCCCCUCAGCAUGGCUGUUUGCAGGGGAAAUGGGUUCUUGUUGAGAUCCCAUCCCACGAUUCGGUGAGGAUGAGGAGAUGUCAUUCCUCCCCUGGAAAUCUGCUGCCGGGCCCCCACCUUCACGUCAGACAUUGAAAAGGAAGGAAAGUGCAAACUUCACAGAGAGCAACUUGUGCCUCACUGCCCCACGGAUGGCUGGGUGCAGAGCUACUGAGGAGAUGGAGAAGAGCACCGUCUCACAGAAGCCAUGGCAGUCAGACACAAGCUGGAGCUAGCGUUGGGCAGCUCUUGCAGCCAGCUGGUUUCCAGACAUUGCCCUCCUCAAGAGACUACAUUGCCUGGCAGAAGAAAGCUGGGAAAAUGCUUCUUCCUCACAAUUUUCCACCUGUUGGUACUUUCUGCAGGGUUCCUGUCCAAAAGGAGAUUUCAGAGAUCAAGGCAGUCUCAGGAAGAGUGAGGCCAGCUCUUUCCAAGAGCAGAGAAGUUCCUGCAGAGAGAGCCCUGGGAACUUCGGCUUUCUCGGAGACAGCGGUCAUGUCUCAGCAAGGAGACGACUGCAAUUCCUAUUUCUGUCCUGUGAGUGGAGAGGGCGGCGCAGUUCCCUGUGUUUGGGAACAGCAGCCAGCAGGCUGCCAGAGGUCCAACUGCGCCUUUCAGCGCACAGAGGGACGCGACGGGGACGGACCGUCCUUACUGCCAUGCGAAAGGACGGAGCCUGCGCGUCCACAGAAUGGUGCGGGGCAACGGGGAAAACGGAAAGCCUCCGCAGAAGCUGAUGCAAGCGGCCUUCCAGCAAAGCGCAGCCAUGCGGAAGGCCAGGAGAGGAGCGCAGAGUGUGGCACAACACCCAAGAGAGCAGUGGCGACCAGCUUGGAUGUGCCGGAGGACACCACGGACAUUCAGGGUUUGCUCUCUUGGAUCAGUGAUGUGGCAAGAGCUGUUGAGGUCCCCCACGAGCACCGCAGCAGCCCUGCCCCAGGAUGCUUCAUCGCUGAGCUCCCUGACUACCCCAGGGACAGCAGAGAGCUCAGCACAGACACACAGGCUGCCGCCGGGACCCCCACCGAUCCCUUCUGGGGACUUCCACCAUCCCCUGGGCUCCUGUCUGAGCUGCAGUGUGGACUGUCUCCGCUGCACCCCGUCGUACCACAUGAGAGUGUCUGGCUCAGUCCACGGCUGACUCCCCUGGCUGUAACCACACCUCCCUCAGCCCAAACCACACAGCCUGUCGAGGAGGUGCAGCAAAGGCAGCCCCAGGGGCUUCAGGCUCAGUCACCACCGUCACUGGGCUCUGUCUCCUGCCCGGUGGCAGAAAAGAAAAGCAGGGGCAGCACCAAGCGGACCAAGCGCCCCGCGCCUGCUGGCACCCCCCGGAAAAGGGAGAGCUCCCAGCAGGAGCAGCCCACCAGCACUGUUCCAGCCAAGAAAAGGAAGCUGCCACCACUGAAGGAAAGAACAGAAAGAAGAGGCCGCAGACACCCACAGCAAGUGAAGCCGUCUGGGGCCAGCGCAGGAGCCAGCAGCAGAGUGCGAGCGGGUGCUGCCAGUGAGCUGUACAUGCGCUUGUGUGCAUCCAUCCAGGCCGUGCACCCGCUGGGGCAGAGGGUGACUGCGGUGGGGCCGGUGCGCCAGCCACCCUCUGUGCAGCCCCAACCCACACCCAGCGCUGGCCCAGCUGCCCUCCAGCCCCAACACAGUGCCACAAACAAGGCAGCGCCAGCACCACCACGCACCACGGCACGAGAGGAGGACGCAGCCAAGAAGAUGGCACCGAGCUGCCUGCGUCAAUCCCUGCAGAGGUGCUCACUGCUGUGGAGGUACCCACCAUCACGAUCACAGCUGCACCACCGGCAGCCUCGGCCACAGCACCCCUUGCACUUUGGGCCCCGGCGGGGUGGCCGUGCCACAGUGCCCAGAGUGCUGGAAAAGUCGCGGCCCAUCACAGCCGAGCAGCGGCCCAAUCGGGAGCUCAUGAAGAAGCUGGCCCAGGAGGAGCGGCAGCGGGCGGCCCACCAGAUGAAGAUCGGCCCCGUGCAGUUCCUGGUGCAGCGGGAGAUAGACAUGGCCGUAGCCGACGACUACGGCUACCUGUAACGCUGUGCUCCUCGCCGGCCCCGCAGCACCAGGCAGCAGCGGCAGCGUUCCAGGGGCACCAGCAACAGCCCCAUGCCUCACCUCCAGAACCGAGCCGUGCUCCAAAGUCAGCACUGCAGUGGAUGGGACAUUGUCUGGGCGCUCAAUUGUUGUGGGAUGGCAAUUUUAGGAAUAUUGUUGUUUCUGUUACACUUUGUUUUCUACCAUAGGUUAUUAAAUGUU